UAAAAUACACCUUUUGUGUCAAUGGAGGUCUAGAAAUGUUUAACUUUUACUGGGUACAUUGUAGUACUGGGUACUUAUUUCAUCACAUUAAAGUUAAUUUAAUUAUUCGAUGUAUUUAAAAAUAUACUGCAUUUCAAAUGCAUCACAGAAUAAACAGCUUGCAAAGAAAUGUGCUACAAAUUCAGCUUCUAUUGUGAAGAAAAUGCCACUCGGAACAUGGCGGCAACGAAACGUGUGGCGAAACUUAAUGUGGGCGGGACUUCCUGGUGUUCUACUCCGUGAUUGGCGGCUCCAGCCUCUGACCCCAGUGCGCAGACUCGUGCUUCUCUCCGGUACAAUGGCGGCAGUUGGAGCGCCGUCCUCCGUGUUUUCUCGGGUUUCUGUCCACGGAGCAGCAGCGGGAGAGUUAAUAAAGCUGUAAGACAGAAACAGCAGCAGUUGGUGAACCCUGGAAAGAAGAGAAACGGUUUGAGGCUCAGCUGGAACUGCUCAGUAACUGUUAAAGGAAAGUUUGGAGAGAGAAAAGCUAGCAGAGAUGUGGAGACAGCAGGUCAAACAGCGACUGGAUGCAGCAGAGGAGCAGAGACACGAAAUACUGGAUGCUGCUUUCAGCCCCGAACAUCGGCUGCACACAUCAGACGUUCGUCCCACUGCCACCGUCAGAGAAGAUUCCCCGGAGGAGCCCCGCUCUGACUGGGACCCAGAACCCGUCCGGAUCAAGGAGGAGCAGGAGGAGCUCUGGGACAGUGUGGCGGGGGAGCAGCUGGACAUGAAUGAGGAGAUGGAGAGCACCAGAAGAAGAGUGAAGAGUGAGGACGAAGAUGAGGAAGAGGAGGAGAAGCCUCCGGUCUUACUGGGCGCUCUCCCUAGCAUCAGCUCGGUGAACCAGAUGAAGUCAGAAAGCGAUGAAGAGGAUGGAGAAGGAGGAAGAUCCAGAAGGAUCUCAGAUCCCAACACACAUGGAGACACUUCCAGCUCUUCAGACACUGAGGUCAGCGAGGAAGAGGAGGGUGAUGAUGAGAACCAUUCUGACGCUCAACUCAAGCCCUUGUCAGACUCCGAGGCUGAAACCGAAGGGAGUGAAGACGACUGUGAGGAGAGCGGCUUUCGCAAGGUGAAGGGGAGAAUUCCCAGCAGAGCUUGGAGCUGCGCCGAGUGCAGUAAACGGUUCGCCUCCAAGCGCUCCCUUCAGAGUCACAUGGCAAGUCAUUCACAACAAAGACCUGACGGGAAGGAGGAGAAAUGUUUUAGUUGUGACAUCUGUGGGAAAAGUUUCAAGAGAAAAAGUCACUUAAACCUUCACACAAUAAUCCACACAGGGGAGAAACCGUUUGGCUGCGACGUCUGCAAGCAAAGAUUUGGUCGAAAGUCUCACCUGAACAGACACAUGACCAUCCACUCUGGGGAGAAACCCUUCCAGUGUGAGAAAUGCGGCAGAAAGUUUGCUAGUAAGUGCCGCCUCAACUCACACCAGAGAGUUCAUUCUGACGAGAAACCAUUUGGCUGCGACAUGUGCGAGCAAAGAUUCAAGGACAAGUCGGCAGCGAACCGACACAUGAAAGCCCACUCUGGAGAGGAACCAAUCAGAGAAAAGCAGUUUGGCUGCAACCAGUGCACUAAAAGGUUCACCAGUAAAAGUUGCUUGAAUUCACACCUGCGAAUCCACAGCGGAGAAAAACCAUUUGUUUGUGAUCUCUGUGGGCAGAAAUUUUUCUACAAGGCGAAUCUGAAAGCACACAUUCGGAUUCACACAGGGGAGAAACCCUACAGCUGUGACGUGUGUGGACAAGACUUCAGAUCCAAGUCGCAUCUAAACACCCACCAGAGAAUCCACACCGGAGAGAAGCCGCUCAACUGCGACGUCUGUGGACAACGAUUCAGCCGCAAGUCGCAUUUAACCAGACACAUGAAGGUCCACACAGGAGAGAAACCCUUUGGCUGCGUUCAGUGCAGCAAGAGGUUCACCAACAAAACCGACCUGACCUUCCACCUGAGAAUUCACACUGGGGAGAAACCAUAUGCCUGUGAUUUCUGUGGGAAGAGAUUCAUGGUCAAAUCAGCUGCAAACAAACACAUGAGAGUGCAUUCGGGAGUGAAGCCAUUUGGCUGCCAUCUCUGUGGGCAAAGGUUCACAGCGAAGCCCAGUGUGAAGAAACACAUGAUCAUCCAUACAGGGGAGAAACCCUUCUGCUGCAAAGUCUGCGGGUAUAGAUUCAACCUGAAGACCAGUUUAGACAGACACGUUAGGAUCCACACUGGAGAAAAACCAUUUGGUUGUGACAUUUGUGGACGGCACUUUAACCGCAAGUCCACCUUAAAUACACACAUGAAGAUCCACAGAGAAGAGAAAGUUGCCUAGAAAGGCAACUAUGGAGAAAAUUAGAGUUCACAACUAACCCAACCAAUACACUUUUCAGCUUCAAUUCACAGCAAACCUUCAAUGACUUUGUAACGGAAACUGAUCCGAUUGAGUUCCAGAAAUGAAACCACACCCCUGUUCCAACCCUGAAGCAAAGCGGGUCUGUCUGGUUCCAUCUGUUCUCUGCUGAGUCCAGCCAGGCGGAGUGGACCGGUCUGCGCAGGGAAAAAUCCUGACUCCAGCAGAGGUCAAGGCAGAGUGGGGAAGUACUCUGCUGCCUAACGAGUGAAGAUGGACAGGAAGGGACCGGAGAUCCUGCUGCCAGUCGGGGAUGAUUGUCUGGAAUGAACAUUACUGAUGCGAAAGGAAGACAGAAAUGUCACUUGGCUGAAGAUGAUGAUGAUUUCAGAGAUGACCUUCAUCUUCUCUCCUCAGAACCUUCUCAUUACUCCAUGAACCAGGCGUUUAAAUCAGCUGAUCUACUGCAGCGAUAAACUAUCAAUGCACCAAAUCCUGCAGCUCCUACAUCACACUAUUACGCACAUAUUGCAAUAACAAAACCCACAUGUAUUUUGCCUCUAAUAGCCUCAGAUUCUGCUCCAGGCCAUCUUGUCGUAUUUCCAAAUCAGCCCCACUGAUUAUCACGUGGUUGGAGCAGAUGGAGGUUUUAUAUUCUAGAAACCAGUUUUCUAUCCCUGGCUGUGGUCUGGGCCCAGUAUCUAGCUUCAUUCUUCUUCUUCUCUUCUGCCACAGUGAAUCAUGUCUGCGCUCAGUUCUUAGGCCUUUCAUAAAUCUCCUUUCUGCUCUAAUUGAUCUAGUUUUGGUAUUUCAUAAAUCACUGGAUGUAAUUAUUCUCAGUUCAACCUUUGUUUAAGUUCCCUGUGUUGGCUGAAGAGUGAAGGAUGCCGUCCCACAGCAGUGUGUGACCAGCAGGCUGUGGUUCUUCCAUCCACAGCUCAGGCUCCUGUUGGUUAAAUGAAUUAAAUAUUAAAUCUCUAAUAUUUUUUUCAUCCUCCAAAUGACACCAAGCAGAAGUCAGCAGCAGAAUCCAGUGAGUUCAUGUUCUCCAGCCAUAGAUAUCCUCCAGAUCAUAAAAACUUCCUGUCCUCAGUCAGAUUAACUGUAGCAGCAACUAAAUAUUCAACCUAACUGAACUAUUUUUCUGUAACCUUUAAAUCUUUUCCAUGAGCAUCAAACCUGGAUUAUUAUGGGAUAGAACUGAACCUAGAGGUGGACGAAGAGUUUCCCAAAGCGUUUAAAUUGUGAUGACGUCACGUAAAGACGCCCUUUGGGCACAGUUAUGGCAAGCUAUUUUACAUAAAAUGGUCUCCAUCUAACGAUCUAUAAUUACACUCUAGAUAUCUAAAGUGAGAACCACAGUUUGACUAUCCUGAAUUUAAUUCAUGCAUUUACAUUUUGACUAGUAAUAAGAAUAAGUCAAGAUAUCUUCAAGGACAUUUUGCCAGAUCAAAAUACCUUUCAGGAAGUCUCAAAUGCUGGCACUGGAUUUAUCAUUUGAAGGGGCAAACAUCCAGAAUUACAAUACAAAACAUCUAGAAUGUAAUUACGGCUCAUCAAAAUGACAUUUUUAUAUAUGAGAACCAAGAACAAUACAUAACCCCCCCAGUGCUGCCCGUGGGCUGUCCCAACAGUUGCCUGCAGAAUUUAGAUUUCCUGCACAAAAUUGUCAGUAAAAGCUCAUCAGUAAAUGAGGAGAAAGCAAACUUCAUUAAUGUGAAGACUUUUCAGAAAUCUGCAGAGAAUUUAUUUAUUUAUUCUUUUCUGAUAAACAUAAUGCACUUAAAACCAG